CGACACGAAAUACGCGUGACAACGGGUGCCCUCUAUCGUGCACGAAACGUUCGUCCCUUUCACGAAACUCGUGUUCUUUCCUAGGGAGUCCGCCAUUGUUGGUGCACGUAUAUUUCUGACCAGGCCAACGGAAAUCGGACAACAUCCAAAAUGGUGAACUUCACAGUGGACGAGAUACGUACCAUGAUGGACAAAAAGAAAAACAUCAGAAAUAUGUCUGUCAUUGCACACGUCGAUCAUGGAAAGUCAACUUUGACAGACUCCCUUGUGUCCAAAGCCGGUAUUAUUGCCGGCGCCAAAGCUGGUGAAACCCGCUUCACAGAUACUCGAAAGGAUGAACAAGAACGUUGUAUUACAAUUAAAUCCACGGCCAUCUCUAUGUUCUUUGCCCUCGAUGAAAAAGAUUUAGUUUUUAUCACAAAUCCCGAUCAGCGCGACAAAGAUGAAAAGGGUUUCUUGAUCAAUCUCAUUGAUUCACCUGGUCACGUAGAUUUCUCUAGUGAAGUAACAGCUGCUCUCCGUGUAACUGAUGGAGCUCUUGUGGUCGUCGAUUGUGUAUCUGGUGUCUGCGUACAAACGGAAACUGUACUUCGUCAAGCUAUUGCCGAACGUAUCAAACCUGUGUUGUUCAUGAACAAAAUGGACAGAGCACUGUUAGAACUUCAACUUGCUAGCGAAGAUCUCUAUCAGACUUUUCAACGUAUCGUUGAAAACGUUAACGUUAUUAUUGCUACGUAUUCGGAUGACGAUGGCCCUAUGGGUGAAGUGAGAGUAGACCCUAGCAAAGGAUCCGUAGGUUUUGGUUCCGGUCUUCACGGUUGGGCGUUUACGUUAAAACAAUUUUCCGAAAUGUACGCCGAAAAAUUCAAAAUUGAUGUUGUGAAACUUAUGAACAGAUUAUGGGGAGAGUCGUUCUUCAACGCUAAAACCAAGAAAUGGAGCAAACAGAAGGAAACGGACAACAAACGAUCAUUUUGCAUGUAUGUUUUAGAUCCAAUUUACAAGGUAUUCGAUUGUAUUAUGAAUUACAAAAAAGACGAAGCGGAUAACUUGCUAAAAAAAUUAGGAAUUGUUUUGAAACCAGAAGACAAAGAUAAGGAUGGUAAAGCACUCCUUAAGGUUGUCAUGAGAACGUGGUUGCCUGCUGGUGAAGCUUUACUUCAGAUGAUUGCCAUCCAUUUGCCAUCUCCAGUCACUGCUCAAAAAUACCGUAUGGAAAUGUUAUAUGAAGGUCCACUCGACGAUGAAGCUGCCAUUGGUAUUAAGAACUGUGAUCCAAAUGGGCCACUUAUGAUGUACGUUUCGAAAAUGGUACCAACUUCCGAUAAAGGUCGUUUCUAUGCUUUCGGUCGUGUAUUCUCCGGAAAAGUAUGCACUGGCAUGAAAGCACGUAUCAUGGGCCCGAACUUCCAACCCGGCAAAAAGGAAGACCUUUAUGAAAAAGCUAUUCAGCGUACAAUUUUGAUGAUGGGUCGUUAUGUUGAGGCGAUUGAAGAUGUGCCUUCCGGUAAUAUUUGCGGACUUGUUGGUGUUGAUCAAUACUUAGUAAAAACUGGCACUAUUACCACGUUUAAGGAUGCGCACAACAUGAAAGUUAUGAAGUUCUCGGUCUCCCCUGUAGUGCGUGUCGCUGUUGAACCUAAAAAUCCAGCAGAUUUGCCCAAAUUGGUCGAAGGACUUAAACGUUUGGCUAAAUCUGAUCCUAUGGUACAAUGUAUCAUCGAAGAAUCUGGAGAGCACAUUAUUGCUGGCGCUGGUGAACUCCAUCUUGAAAUCUGUUUGAAAGAUUUGGAAGAAGAUCAUGCUUGUGUGCCCAUCAAGAAAUCUGAUCCCGUUGUUUCUUACAGAGAAACGAUUUCGGAACAAUCGAAUCAAAUGUGUCUUUCAAAAUCACCCAAUAAACACAAUCGUUUGUUCAUGAUGGCAUGCCCCAUGCCAGAUGGUCUUGCUGAAGAUAUCGACAAUGGUGACGUUAACCCAAGGGAUGAUUUCAAAGUGCGUGCUCGUUAUUUGAACGAAAAGUACGAUUACGAUGUAACUGAAGCUAGGAAGAUCUGGUGCUUCGGGCCCGAUGGAACUGGACCCAACAUUCUCGUAGAUUGUUCAAAAGGAGUACAAUAUCUUAAUGAAAUUAGAGAUUCUGUUAUAGCUGGAUUCCAAUGGGCCACGAAAGAGGGUGUACUUUCGGAAGAGAAUUUGAGAGGUGUACGUUUCAACAUCCACGACGUGACACUACAUGCUGAUGCUAUUCACAGAGGCGGUGGUCAAAUUAUUCCUACCACAAGACGUUGCCUUUACGCUUGUCUCCUCACUGCGUCUCCCCGAUUAAUGGAGCCAGUUUACUUAUGCGAAAUUCAGUGUCCAGAAAUAGCGGUUGGUGGUAUCUACGGAGUCCUUAACCGCAGAAGAGGUCAUGUAUUCGAAGAGCAGCAAGUUGCUGGUACACCCAUGUUCGUAGUUAAAGCAUACCUUCCAGUAAACGAGUCCUUUGGUUUUACCGCGGACUUGCGUUCCAAUACCGGAGGACAAGCUUUCCCACAGUGUGUAUUCGAUCAUUGGCAGAUAUUGCCGGGUGACCCAACGGAACCUACCUCCAGACCUUACGUAGUUGUGCAGGAAACGCGUAAGAGGAAGGGAUUGAAAGCAGGUCUCCCAGAUUUGAACGCAUACCUUGACAAAUUGUAACCAUAGAUUCGCGCGCACCAUAUUUAAAUAUCUAUUUAAAUAUUGUAAUUCAAUUAAUAUCGCUCGAGCCGUAUACAGCCACGUCGGUUUAUUAUGAACUUUGUUUUGCGCAAAGAACCGUGAGAAAUACACGAUUAUAAAUAUGGAAAAAGAUAAUAAAUUGUAAUUAUAACGGAAACUUUGUAUGCUAGCGCAGGGGAGGAAUAUUUUGUACAUUUAUUUAACUAAGUACGCCACGUUAUCGAGACCUAGUGGCUUUACGUUUUUAGCAUAUCAGAAUCAGAUAAAGACUCAAUUGUUUUUAUUGAGGCAACAUGUUUGCCCAUUUUCGUAUAUAUAAAAGGAAAAUAAGAAAAAUUGUGAUUUUUUACAUUGCUUUCUUACUACAAUUAGCCUGUUACUUUUUUUGUUAACGUUCUUAAAUGAUUGGACGAAUUCCGAAGUUACUAAUAAUAAAAAAAAAAAGGAUCACAGCAAUGUAUUCAUAUUGAAAGAAAAUACGUCAGAAAAUUAAAGGUGAAAUUAAGAAACA